AUGCGGGAAAUCGUGCACAUCCAGGCUGGACAAUGCGGGAACCAGAUCGGUGCUAAGUUCUGGGAGGUGAUCUCCGAGGAGCACGGCAUCGAUCCCGUCGGUACGUAUCGCGGGGACUCGGAGCUCCAGCUGGAGAGGAUCAACGUGUACUACAACGAGGCGACCGAUGGGAAAUACGUGCCGCGCGGCAUCCUGCUCGAUCUGGAGCCGGGCACCAUGGACGCGGUGCGCUCCGGCGUGUACGGGCAGCUCUUCAGGCCGGAGAAUUUCGUGUUCGGUCAGUCGGGCGCCGGCAACAACUGGGCCAAGGGUCACUACACCGAAGGCGCCGAGUUGGUCGACUCGGUGCUCGACGUGCUGAGGAAGGAGGCCGAGAGCUGCGACUGCCUGCAAGGCUUCCAGCUGACGCACUCGCUGGGCGGCGGAACCGGGUCCGGCAUGGGCACCCUGCUCGUCUCGAAGAUACGCGAGGACUACCCCGACCGAAUAAUGGCCACGUUCUCCGUGGUCCCCUCGCCGAAAGUCUCCGACACCGUCGUGGAGCCGUACAACGCCACCCUCUCGGUUCAUCAGUUGGUCGAGAACACCGACCAGGCGUACUGCAUCGACAACGAGGCCCUCUACGACAUCUGCUUUCGCACCUUGAAACUCUCGACCCCGACGUACGGCGACCUGAAUCACCUCGUGUCGGACACGAUGUCCGGCGUGACGACUUGUCUCAGGUUCCCCGGCCAGCUGAACGCCGACCUGAGGAAACUGGCCGUGAACAUGGUCCCGUUCCCGCGGCUCCACUUCUUCAUGCCCGGUUUCGCGCCUCUGACCUCGCGAAAGAGCCAACAGUACCGAGCGCUCACCGUGCCGGAGCUCACUCAGCAGAUCUUCGACUCGAAGAACAUGAUGGCCGCCUGCGACCCGAAACACGGUCGGUAUCUGACCGUGGCGGCCGUUUUCCGCGGACGGAUGUCCAUGAAGGAGGUCGACGAGCAGAUGUUGAACGUCCAGAACAAGAACAGCUCCUAUUUCGUAGAGUGGAUCCCGAACAACGUGAAAACGGCCGUCUGCGACAUUCCGCCGCGCGGUCUGAAGAUGUCCGCCACGUUCAUCGGUAACUCCACGGCUAUUCAGGAACUGUUCAAGAGGAUCUCCGAACAGUUCACGGCCAUGUUCCGCAGGAAAGCGUUCCUGCACUGGUACACCGGCGAGGGUAUGGACGAGAUGGAGUUCACCGAGGCCGAGUCGGACAUGAACGACCUCGUCUCCGAGUACCAGCAGUACCAGAACGCUUCGCCGGAAGACGAGCAAGAGUUCGACCCGGAAGGAGAUGCCGAAGAAAGAUAGAUGCCUCCCCUUCUUCUUUCUCCUUCUUUCUCCUUCUUUCUCCUUCUUUCUCCUUCUCUUUCUCCUUCUCUUUCUCCUUCUCUUUCCCGUACUUGUUCUUCUUCGACUUGUUCUCCUCCCUCGGGUACCUCGCGAUUCGGGAACGCUCGCAACGACGCGUCGUUACGAAAAUUUCUUGUACACGUUUCGCGAGAACUCUCGUCGAACGCCGAGUUGUCGGAAUGGUUGUAGUAGCUUUGCAUAUCGUAUCGACGAUUUCUUACAGACUUUUUCACCGAUUUCUUACCGACUAUUUUACGAUCGAUGGAUUUUUCAUGGGUUUUUAUAUAAAUCUAAGCGCACCCUUAUACACAUGCAUACACAUGUAUAACCUAUCUAUCCAUCUGUUUAUCUAUCGUACGUG